UUUCUUGUGUUUUAUUUCCCUUUCCUUUUUGAAUGUCUGUCUGAUUGUAUGAAACGUGAGUUUUAAUAAUAAAUCAAAAGAUUAUUAACUAAUUAUUAACUAUUAUUAACACAAACUGUGAAGUGAAGUGAAGAAGACUGACUACACAUAAACAAUGGUCCAGAGGUUGACAUACCGUCGGCGACUGUCGUACAACACUCAGUCCAAUAGGAGACGAAUAUCCAAGACGCCCGGCGGCCGACUUGUCUAUUUGUAUCCGAAAAAGCACGGCUCGGUGUCCAAGUGCGGCGACUGCAAGCUUAAGCUUAGAGGAAUCACAUACGCCCGACCCAGACAACUGUCGGCUCUGUCCCGCCGACACAAGACUGUCACCCGAGCCUAUGGCGGUUCCCGAUGCGGCCAAUGUGUUCGUUCACGUAUUGUCCGGGCUUUCCUUAUCGAGGAGGAGAAGAUUGUGGCCAAAGUAUUGAAGGCACAGAGCGGCGGACAGACAGCGAAAUAGAAGAUAUAAUAAUAAUAAUAAGAUAUCGAUUGUAAUCAACUUUUUUUUAUGUUUUAAAUAAAAAAACAUUUCAUUAUGUGAUUACA